AGCCGCAGCUCCGUACGCGCCGAGGAGAGAAGAGGGAGACAGAGAGGAGGAGAGGAGGAGAGAGUGAAAGAGAGAGUCAGCAGACGGGGAGAGGAUCUGUUCGGGUCUUCCAACUGCAGUUUUGUUUCAAACAUUUUUUGAGCAAUAUUUUUAAGGGACUGUGACGACAUUUUUGGCUCCGUUUGUUGUGGACUCACCGGUUGGCUUUUAGAGCACCUUUAACCUUUGUUUCUCUCUGGCGGUUCGCCUACAGCACCCUUACCUACACACUUCUUCUGAAGACAAAAAUCAGAUUGAGUUGAGUGCCCUGCGUGGGAAUUUCCACCGGAGUGUGUUUCGGAAACUUCUUCUUCUCUCUUUUCUCUCCGGUGCUGAACGGACAGCGGCUGUUGGCUGUGGCACGCGGAGGACGGGGAGAGAACAGUCUCGCGCCGAAGGGAGCUGUCCGGUGCUGAAUCAACCACACCGGCUUGGAGCACCCAUUUCUGGGAGCUGUCCGCGUGCUGAAGACCAUCGCUUUGAAACGAGGAAGCAAACGAUAUUCUGUAUUUUGUUCUUAAGGAAACGGAAUAAAACAAGAAAAGGGGGUUGUGUUGUCCUCGUGCCAGUAGCCAAAACAGGACCUGGUCUAUUUUAUGUUUUAUUUGGACCUUUCAGAGCUCCACAGGUCUUCCAGAGGCGGAGGAAACUGACUAUUUUACCACUAAGAACCAAACAAAUCACAAUCUGUCUGACUUUGAAUUUAAGGUAUGCUAAAAAGCAGAAGCACGUGAGGAGCUGAUUCUUUAAAGCCAUGUCUCCUCUCCACUUUGGAGGCUGUUUGAUUGGAGGGAGCAAACGCACCUUUAGUAGCUGAAACCAGGGAGCACAUUAUAAUAAUAAUAAUAAUUUUUUAAAAAGGCGAUUAAGAGUUCCAGUUACAGGCUCUGGUGAAGUUUAAAGUGUGUUGGUGGAUUGAAGAAAAGUGUGUGUUUAUUGUGCAAGUGUAGGAGCAACUACUGUCCCAUCAUGCCUCGCUCUUUCUUGGUGAAGAAAGUCAAAUUGGACGAUUUCUCGGCUGCUGAGCUGGAGAGCUCAUAUGGCCACAGCAGAAGAGAGGAACUCAGUCUGCGAUUCCAUCACCAUGACAAAGGCUACGUCAGCGAUUAUCUGGCUCCAUCUCCUUAUGAUGAUGUUGUGGGAAGUGAUUCAUCUGUCAUCUCUAAAGUACCCUCCCCUGGCCACCCGUCAAUCAUCUACAGCCGCAUCGACAACACCUAUUCUGGCAUCCAUGGCGAUAUCCAUGGGGAUUCGGACCAGCCGGACAGCCCACGGUCUGAGGUUUCGUCAUCAGCUGGUGGAUACAUCAACGGGGAUGCCGCCGUGAGCGAGGGAUACACAGUGGAUGCGUUUUUCAUCAUGGACGGCCGAUCACGGAGGAAAUCCACAGGCAACCCCAAAGGAAGCAUUCAGAGGCACACCUGCAGCGAGUGCGGCAAAACCUACGCCACGUCCUCCAACCUGAGCCGGCACAAGCAGACGCACCGGAGCAUAGACAGCAAGAUGGCCAAGAAGUGCCCCACAUGUGGGAAGGUCUACGUUUCCAUGCCUGCGAUGGCCAUGCACCUGCUGACCCAUGACCUCAAGCACAAGUGCGAUGUGUGCGGCAAAGCAUUCAGCCGACCGUGGCUGUUGCAGGGCCACAUGCGUUCGCACACGGGCGAGAAGCCAUUCGGGUGCGCACACUGUGGCAAAGCAUUCGCUGACCGGUCAAACCUGCGUGCUCAUAUGCAGACGCACUCAGCCUUCAAGCACUACAAGUGUAAACGCUGUGACAAGACGUUUGCGCUCAAGAGUUACCUGAACAAGCACUACGAGUCGGCGUGCUUCAAGGGGGCUUUCUCCCCUCUGAGCUCACUUGGGGAAUGAUAGAUUCAGAUAGGUGGACUUUUCUGUUCUUUAAAUCAGAUUUUACUGGCCUCACUCCCUACUUUUCCUGCUUCCCCCAACAAGAAGACCAGUAUGCCUGAGCACUGCAAGGAAGGAAUGUUUUCUCGGCAAGGAUCAUGAGGCAAAUGACAAAAAUAGAUUGAGGACAUGUCCAUUUUUAUCAAGACCCUUCAAUCCCUCCUUUGUCUCCUCCCUCCUCAUCUGGGAGUGGAGUGAAAAGGUUUCGAUGCUUGAUUUAGAUUGCCACCUGCUUCGAUGAGAUACUUCUGAGGCUGUUUUGAGUAUCUGUGAAUAUAAAUAAAGCACAGCACAUCUAGCUCAUCAUUUUUGAAGAUACCUAGAUCUAUUUAUGUCCAUAUCUAUCCUCGUCCCUCUUUUUUUAAAUAUAUUUUCAACCCAUGACGAAACGACACUAAAGCACAAAUCCUCUCCCAUCUCUCUGUCUUUCUGUGACAGGAAUAUCACAGGAGUUUAAAGCAUGAAUCACAUUUUCAGUUUUCUUGCAAAGAGAUUCAAUGAACUUUCAUAUUUACUGCUUUUUUAAAAAACGAAUAAACAAACGUUCACAAUCUAAGGAUACAUCUGGUAUCCUGCGUUUGGUGAAACUGACCCUGGACUGAACUUUUAAGGAGAUAAAGCAUUAAAAAACAAAGAAAGCACACGCUAUUUGUUCUCUGCAAGUAAACAAAAUACUUGUCAAGUUGUUCCUUUACACUAGUGACAUGCUUUGCCUACUGUAUACUGUGCUGGCUACUGACACAUCCACACUGAACUGUGAGGGAAAUAGAAAGUACAAACCUGCCAUAGCAUGGUAGGUAUGGCAAAGUACAGCUUAGUAGUGGGGGAAUAAUCCUUUUUUUGGUGAGUUUUCUUUAAACCAAUGUCUUAAAUGGACUCAUAUUACAAGCUGUUUUCUUUAUUUAAGUUAUUUUUGGCAUUAGUGCUUUACUUGACAGUAUUCAGUGGAAGGUGAGAGGGUAUAUAGGCAGACAAACUGGACUUCCAUGUGUUAAAAUCUCCCACUGAGCCACCAGGGUAUUCCUUAACAAACAGUGUUUUCCUACAACCUAAAUCUGAUGUUAUUUAUUUUUACUCAGCAACGUCAGACGAGGAUCCAGACAUUAAAAAUGUCCUGAUUUUCUUCAAAAGGUCAAACCUUUCUUAAGUGUUGUAAAAUAGUGUUUUUGUUGCCAGUGGGCCACACAGUAUUCAGCUUGGAGGUCUUUUUUUAAGUGUCUAUUUAUUGCCUAAUUUAUUUAUUUAUUUAUUCUUAUGUUUUUGUAGAUGUAUUGAUUUUGCACUUUACUUUGUUAUAUUUUGCCUUUGUUACGAAUAUGCCAAAGCAUUUGACACUUUCUAAUUACAGAAUACCUUUUUACUUUUGUCCGCCACUUUAAUUAUAACUGCAUGCAAAAAAAUAACAAUAGCCUAAUAAUGGAAUCUAUGCCAAUUUUAUGAAAUCUUUGGGAUAUUUUGCCAAACCUCUUAGAUAACAGGCAAAUUGAGCAAAUUUCUGUCUUGGGCAAUAUUUCAUUCAUAUCCAAUAGAGCAAUAAUGCAUGAUAUUUUUGAAGAGACGUGAGUCAUAACUGCUUGUAACAUCUUGAUUUUUUUCAAGUACCACUAUUCUAUGUAGUUAUGAGAAAUGAAAUUUCAGGGAGUUAGCGAACCAAGUUAGUGUUAAAUAUGGAGGGUUGGGUUAAGAGCUCUGUAUUUAGAGGGGACUGUGACUCUGUUGUGAUUCUUUGAGGCCUUCUCCCGUGACUUAAUAGUCUUUGAACAGAUAAAAUUGGUGAGAGCAGAGAGUCAGUAUCACCAAUCUCUGCUGAUUUAGUAUGUAAUACCAUCUAAAACAAUUGCCUCCUUGUUAUAUUUCAGUCUUGGGAUCAAUAGCUUGUUGACAAAUCAAGAAUUAGGAGCUGUUGGUACUUCCAGGGAUUCACACAGAUGGCACAACUCCUUUUGGUGGAGGGCUCUGGGUUGGGUCGGGACGGGUCUUUUUGUACAUGGUUUAUGCACUGCCUGCCUCGUAUUAUUAUUCUAAAAUAUUGUAGAAAGUAGAGGGUACUACCAUAGGCCUCUGGUGCUGAAACAUGGAUGAAAACACAAACCCAGAACAAGAACGAUUAAGAGCUUUGGUACUUUGUAUGUCCCUGGUGUGAGAUGUUUAACAUGUGAAACACAACUUUACAACAGCUGCUGAAUGUGGAGAUCAUUUUGACCCUCAGUCGUCCUUGAAUCAGCGAUGAAGAACAAAUUUCCCCCCAUAAGUUGGGUCAUAAUCAGUGAGCUCCCUGCUCAGUUUGAAUCCCGUCAAAAGAUCUGUUCUGCUCCUUGGCUCGACAUUAAUUGACAAACUCCAUGUGAGGACUCCAGAGCGAACACCACUCAUUAAACUGCCUGCACAUUUCAGGUUGCUUUUCUUUCCAUCAUCUUUGGCUGUUGUGAGGUUGUGGCGAUCCCCAAUGCAAUUAUAAGGAUUGUUGAGACUAGAGGAGAAGACAUUUGGUCAAUAUUUCAGCACCAGAGUGCAUCGACAAACACUUAGAUUCUACUAUGAACUACUGUAGCCUACUAUAGCCACAAGCUAGUUUACCUAUUCUUAUAUAAAAGCACUUCCUCUUACGAAUUAUAUCUUACAACGUUUUUUGUUCGAAGAUAGUAGCACAAUGAAAGAGUUUAGAUUCAGGUAGACAAUGCCUUGUAUGUAAAAAUAACAACCUCUUUCUCCUUUUUCUACUACGGUGAAUCAAAGCUAAAAACAACAGCAACAAUGCUGAAAUAACACAGGCUGUGUUGUCCUUAAAUAACACAUGAAAAUAUGCUUUAAAAUGACAGGUGUUAUAAACGAUAACCUUUAUUACACGUGUCAUUUUUCAACAUAUUUGUGCGAGAGCGUCUUCACCACACCUUUUUUAAGAGUGAAUGAAAACUCUUUUUGCGGCAAGAGGCCUUGUAAAUAAGCACUGAUGUGACUUUGGAGUCCGAUUAUUUCUACAGAUGUGUAUAGAGUGACAGUGACGAUGAUGAUGAUGAUGAUGAUGAAGAUGAUGAUGAUGGUGGUGGUGGUGGUGAUGAUGGUGAUGAAUUUUUCUGGAGCUUCCUGCUUUGUUUUGAGUUCUUCCUCUGAGGUUUUUUUAGGACCUCCAGUGGCGGUUUGAAACAAUGUAAAGCACAAAGACAACACUGGGCAUUUUUGUUUCACUUCCUAAAUAAAAACUAGUU